CAUAGAAAUAUCGUCUAUAACGGUCGUGUGAAACAUAAAUCUUGAUACAAGUUUGUGAAAAUGUGGAUUCGUGAUGUGACUGUAUUAGUGAUUGUGAUAACUAGCUAUUUCUCUCAGUGUUACUGCGAUAUUCCUAUUUUACAAAUGUUUCGGAUUGACAAAGCCAGUUUGGAAAAUGAUGGUGUAGCAAAGCCUUAUUAUUGGCAUGAUCACGAAGAUGUUGAUGAAUUCUCGGAGUUCAAUUAUGUUGAGUACGAUGACGAUGACAAUAAUACAUCAGAAAUCCAAAAUGAAGAACUAUACAUUAAGAAAGAUAGUGAAAAUAAUAUUAACUUAAAGACUGAUACAGAAAUCUACCAGCACACCAAAAACCAUUAUCAUUUACACGAGAAUAAGAGAAGUUUAUGUCCAAAGAACAAGACAAGUGCAAGAAAAUGCUGUCCUCUCGGAUGGGGAUUGAAUGUAACUGCACACAAAUGCAGCCCCUUGCUUCAUGAAUUUAACCCUACAUUGUGGAACAGGUAUAAAAUGAUGAAAGGGACAAAAGCACUAGAUGAGCUUCAUUUUUUGUUUGGCCAUGUGACCUGUAAGACGUAUGAUGCCAUUAAACCGACAACAAGCAUACGAUUGCAAUCGGAUGGCACCUUAAUGGUGGAAAGGACUUCAGCUAUGGGCCCCGAGCUGGUCUUCAAAGUAAACCAGUAUUGUUUGGACUUGUUCAUUACAGAAGAGAAUGACAUUGAGUUGAAUGCAUUUAUAUGUUAUAUUCAUAAAGAACAAAGAAGGCAUUUUAUCGUGUUUGAACUAUCUUUGGCGAUCAGUUGUAUCUUGAUCGUAUUAAACGUGAUCGUAUAUGCAUUGUUACCAGUGCUUCGACCUCGUCACAGAUUGCUGAUCAUGGCAUACCUCAUCUGUUUUCUAAUCUAUUACUCCGUCAAAUUCAUCGAAGUAAUCCUUAUUUUGUGCAAAGUAUCCCAUCGGCAUAUGUGCCUCUACUUCACAUUCACCUUCUACUUCUUCUUCAUAUCAGGAUUCUUCUGGAGAAACAUUAUGUGUUACGACAUGUGGUGGACUAUCAGAAGCAAAAGACCGAUGUCAGGACAAUGUUAAGAAUCGCGUAUACGCAUAUUCCUCUACUUCGUGUACGGAUUUGGCGCGCCAGGAGCGGUGACUGGCAUUGUCGCCCUACUUGAGUUCUCUGAUUACAAGAACGAUCAUCCAUUCAUGCCUAAUAUACAAAAUGGGGGAUGCAGCGCCCUAUAUGGUUACAGCAAAGCAAUUUACCAGUAUGGGCCUGUUUGUUUAUUAUUCCUUAUUAACUUGAUAUUUUUUGGACUAACCGUUUUGAAAAUAAAGACAAUUAAAAAAGAGACUAAAGUAGUGCUCAAAACUCAAGAUAGUAAAACUCACAUUACAAAAACUGACAAGCAAUGGAUGAAUCUCUCAGUGAAAAUUUUCGUUGUUAUGUUAAUAGCUGAGCUCAACUGCAUUUUCGACUUCAUUUCAAGAUUAUUCCCUGAUCACCCAAUAUUUCGCCACCUAGCUGAUUUAAACUUUAUGACUGUACCUUUCAUGUUGUACUUGAAUUUCAAGUGCCAGGGCCAAUCGUGGAAGAAUAUAAAAACAAGGUUUGGAAUUUUGUAUCUCUAUUUAAAAACAUACAGACUGAAGAAGUCAGAAACAGAGAAAACGAUGAUGUCAUCCGUUCGCACUAUGAGCACAGUAACACACAGUCAAGAAGGCUUUGGAAGUCAGGCCAACAGCUCACGGUACCCCAGAAGUAUUUCGGUUAUAUAAGCUUAAACGGCAAAAAAUAUAAUUGAAUCAUAUUAUUAUGAAGAUCAAAAAUAUAUAAUUGAAGUUUGUGAAUGUCUAUCGAAAUCAGGCAAUAGAAGGUGUACAAGCUAGUCUUUUUUUCAAGAUUUGUGAAUUUAAAGUUCACUGACAUAGUAUGUAUAAUAGUAGAAGCAGUCUGGUUUAUUUCUGCAGUCGAUAGUUGCUGUCAUUUAGUAUAAGCAUAUUAUAUAUGGUAUAUUACCUUGUAAACUUAGCGCUUUCAACUACACAAAACUUUCAGUACGAUUGUCCUCGAAUAUUCAGAUUCGCGUCACGUUAUGGACGUUAUUUACGUUACGUUCUUAAUUUUAUUUAUUUAUUUUCAUAAAAAAAUGCCAGCACUGUAUAAAAAAUAAUGUGAAAAUGUUGUGAUGCCGAUGCUGAUAAUGAAAAAAAAAACUUUUUUACGUUAUCACUUUUCACACUUAAAGUGAUGUUUCAUUUGGUUAGUAAUAAUUAGGUAUUCAGGAAUCUAUACAAAAUAUUUUACAAAAAUACUAGACCCUGGAUGUUUUUUUAUACUUAGUAGGUAUACAUAAAUUAAUAAAAUAAGAUAUUCACUAUAUAUUGGUGCGAUUCAAAAAGAUGACUCCACAUUAUUAUUAUGUUUACGUCAUGUCUAUGUCAAAAGUUAUUUAAAUUAAUACCUACUUUUUAGACAUAAGGUAGAAGAAGCUUGUAAAAAUUGUUUAUGUUGUAAUAAAUAGCUAUAGUAGGUACUCCAACAUUGGAAUUUUAUAUUUGUUUAAUUCCGAAUGUGUAAGUAAUUAAAAUGUUAAAAAAUAAAGUUAUUUUAUUA